AUGAGUGAUACUGAAAAUGAAAAGAAGUUGACCCUGGUCGAAGUUUCAUCCGCUGAUAAAGACAUAGAAGCUGUCAAUAGUGGUACCAAAUCCUCUGACAUGGAUGCUGGAGCUAAAUACUUAUUAGAUCAUCCACAACAUGCUGAUUAUACUGAAGAAGAAGCCAAAAAGGUGUUAAGAAAAAUUGAUUGGAUGUUGAUGCCAAUCAUGACUAUUAUUAUUACCUUGGCUGCGGCUGAUAAAAUUUUGAUUUCCAAUGCUGCUGCAUAUGGGAUGACAGCUGCUUUGAAAUUACAUGGUUCACAAUAUUCGUGGUUAGGUUCUAUAUUCUAUUUUGGAUAUUUGGUUGCUGAAACUCCUGCUAAUUUUCUUUUGCAAAAGCUCCCUGUAGCAAAAGUUUUGAUAGCAGCUUCAACUUUAUGGAAUAUCGUUUUGAUGUGUAUGGGUGCUGCAAAUACCUUCCCACAAAUGGCAGCUUUAAGAUUCUUGUUAGGGAUUUUUGAAACUCCUCUAUUCCCAUUCUGUUCUAUUAUCACUGCCAUGUUCUACAAAAAAUCAACUGAAAUCGGUAUCAGAACAUCCAUCUGGUUCAGUGGAUUCUCAUCAGUUAUUACUGGUACUUUAUCUUAUGCCAUUGGUCAUGCUGAUGUUAAGAUAGAAAACUGGAGAUUAUUAUUCAUUGUAUUUGCUUCCAUCACUUUGUUCUUCACUGCCAUUGCCUUCUUCAUCUUACCUGAUUCCCCAAUGACCUGUUGGUGGUUGAACGAAAGAGAAAAAUAUAUUGCCAUCCACAGAACAAUUGAAAACAGAACUGGUAUCAAGAACACUUCAUUCAAGAAAAACCAAGCACUCGAAGCUGUCACUGACUUGAGAACUUGGAUCAUGUGUGUUGGUGUAUUCUGUGCUAAUAUUAGUAAUGGUGCAUUGGUCACUUUUGCUGCUCAAAUUGUUAGUGGUUUAGGGUUUGCUCCAAUCAUCACUACUGCUUUAGGUAUUCCAACUGGUUUAAUGAUGACUUUAUCUUCAUGGAUUAUUGCCUUCUCCCAAUUUUUCUUCCCAGGUAAAUACAGAACUUACUUCGCUGUUGUCGUUUCAUUAGUACCUAUCAUUUGCUGUUCAUUGAUGUUAACCUUAGAAGGCAGAUGGUCAUUAUACGUUGCUUAUUUAUUCUUUUACUUCUAUUGGGGGGUUUAUACUUCAUUCACCAGUUUGAGUAUUGCAAACACUGCUGGUAGUACCAAAAAGACCACCGUCAAUGCCAUCAAUUUCACUUCUUAUUGUGUUGCCAAUAUUGUUGCUCCACAAUUAUUCUUAACAAAAGAGGCUCCUACAUAUUUAACAGGUUAUCAUUCUAUUUUAGGUUUCAGUUCUGCUGCCACGGUUUGUUUGGCUCUUUAUGGAGGUUUAGCUGUUUAUACUAACAAGAAAAGGGACAAUGAGUUUGGUCCUGCCGAUGAAAAUAUCGAUGAUGAGUUAGAUAAACUUGACUUAACCGAUGGUGAAAAGAAAAAAUGGUUCCGUUAUGUUUGGUAA